AUUGCAAGGCCCAGUUCCGGCCGUUCGGGACGGCCAGAAGCAAGCGACCGCGGGAAACCCCUCCUUUUCCCAGUCCCACCAUUUUUCUCGCACUAACCAAUCUCUCACUCCGGAUCGCCGUUCCUCCGCUCGCCGUGGAGUCAUGACGGAUGAAACCUUCGAUACCGAUCUUAUUCUGGCCAUAUUCAAGUUGGUUUGGAGCAGACGGGCCGAGACAAGUGACGAGAAGGACGAGGCAAUCAACGUCGAGGUUGGUGCUAGUACAUCAAAGAAGAAUCGGGGAACAACAGCUAAUGCAAGUUCACUUAAAGUAAGUUGUGAGCUUCUGCGAUUUUUUGUCACAGUUUAUUUUAUUUUUCAAAGAGGCUGUUCAACGUGCCGCCAUACUUGCUGAAGCAGAAGGAAGUGACAAAAUUGAAGCUACCCAUCUUGAGAGAGUACUUCCACAACUACUUUUGGACUUUUAAGGUACUCAAAAAAAACUAUGGGAAUCGGGUAGUAGUGUACUGUGCCCUAUAAAUUUGAUCAGCUUUUGAUUGCAGACAGUUGGCUUGUACUAUCAACAAAGUUGUAGAAAAGCAACUCCCAGAAUUUGUUUGGCCAUACCUGAUAAUCAGGUGUGCGUGCACCUUCUGGUGUAUCCAAUGUUACUGCAGUUUUGUUUUUGUUUCUUCUCAAUUAUUUGAUGUCCAAGGUACAUGGGGAUGAAAUUCUUUUGUUCAA